CGCGGGAGGAGGCCUCCGGCCACAGCACCCAGGUGAGCGGCGCGCGAGCGGCCCCUUCUCCUGCCCGCGCCCGUCAGCCUCCUCUCCGUGGCGGGUCCGUUUCCCUUUCGGAGUCCGGGCAGCGGCGAGCACCGGGGAUAUAUAUUUGCCAUUAUGGAUCAUUUCAGAGAUCUAUCAGAAGAUGAAGUGGACCAUUCUUUCUUUGACAGUGACUUUGAAGAAUCAAAGAAAAGUGAAAGUAAUUCAGUUUUUGACAAGCAAAAUGAUUGCCCUAAAGAGGGAAUAGACAAAGAUACAGUAAAUGUAAACUCGAAAUUUGGAAUGCAGAGAAAAGAAAAUGAUCUUGCUGAGAAAGGAAAUGAAAGGAAAGAGAAAAUUCCUUCAGAAGAACACCCCGUAGAAAAUGAUAAUACACAAACCAGAAAUUCUUUAUCAUUGACCACUUCUUCAAGAUCAGAAAAAUUGUGUGAUGCUACAACAGGACAUAAAAUACACUUGACCAUUCCAAAUAGAAUUCCCAAAAUGGUAAAAGAAGGUGAAAAUGAUUAUUAUACAGAUGAAGAGGAAAGCAGUGAUGAUGGGAAGAAACAUUAUGUCAGGUCCAAGUCAGCUAAACCAUCUACUAACAUCAAAAAAGGCUUAAGUAAAAAGUAUUCCAGAAGUACUUCCUCUUCCUCUUUGUCCUCCUCAUCUUCAAGUUCAGGUGCAGAUUGUUCAGCUGCAGAGUCUGAUAAUUGUACACCUGAUUCAUCUCCAUCAUUAAAGAAACAUCUCUCUGGUGUAACCCACUUGUCACCAAAACAGAAAUAUAAACCAGGAAUAAAAUCAGCAGGAACACAGCCUACAAGUACUAAAUCCAAAGUCGGUGACUUCACUGAGGAAUCUGAAGAUACUGUGACAGAUGUCACUCCUUUGUCGACCCCAGACAUCAGCCCGGUUCAGUCUUUUGAACUGAGAACAUCAAGCAAUAAAAAAGUAAAAGUUAAAAGGCAAGAAAAUGUGAGUCAAGAAGUGUAUAAAAAUGUUGAGGAUUUAAAAAACAAUUUGAAAUCAGGCAAAAAAGGGAAAGACAAACAUGGAGUAGAUCUCACCUCGAAGUCUUCAGUGUUAGAUUCCAAUUUAGACCGCAGACAUAAACAAAAAGCCAUACAUGACACAAUGGACCUGAAUCAUCUCUUGAAAGCUUUUCUGGAAUUGGAUAAAAAGCGACCAGAGAAACAUCACUUAGAUCAGCCUUCAGCAGCACCUAGGAGGAACUACUCUUUCACAAGAGAGGAGGUGAGACAGAUUGAUCGGGAAAAUCAGAGGCUUUUGAAAGAACUGUCAAGACAGGCUGAAAAACCAGGAAACAAAAAUAUGAUGCCUAGAAGAUUUAAUCAUCCCCCUAAGUUAUAUCACAGUGCUGUCAACAGACAGAAAGAACAACAAAGGAUUGAAAGAGAAAAUUUGGCUUUCUUGAAGAGACUUGAAGCCGUGAAACCAACAGUUGGCAUGAAACGCUCAGAUCAGCUAAUGGACUAUCAUCGCAACAUGGGUUAUCUCAACUCAUCACCAUCCUUAAGACGAGCGAAAUCGACUCUCAGCCAGUAUAGCUCAUUAAGAGGCGCUUCCAGGACAUCUAGUGCUACGAGUGCUCUCAGUUGUAAGAGUGAGGGAGCAGUUUUUGACAAAUCCAGUGGCCUGUUGCUAAGACCUAAGCCCCCUAAUGUUCGUACAGCUUGGUUAUAAAAUUUUUUACUUUAAACAUUGUUUAUCCAAUUUUUAUUGAAGUGCUCUUGUACAUUACUGUAAUUCUUUUUGUAAACAUCUCUAAUUGUUUUAAGAAUUUUAAGUUGUACAAAAGCAAGUUGUAAUUUAUUGUACUCAAUGCAAAAUUGUUAUCAACAAAGGUAAUUUAAUGUAAAGUCAGUGUUUCCUAUGAGGGUGUAUUUAUAUGAGAUGUAUAUGAAUUAAAUAAAUGCAUGUAUAUUGUCUCAGCAGAGAGACCAAUUCAGCGCUCAUGCUGAUCAAACAGUUGUAUUACUGCACGUUGGCACUGAGAUGUUAACUAUAUACAUCUCAUUUUAUUUUUAUUUUCACUUCGUAUAAGCUUGAAACCAUGAACAUUACUCCUAAACUUGACUGGCUUUAUUUUCUGUUUGCUUUAGAAUUAAGGUGGUCUGACUCAUAACUUAAUUGUAACACUUUCUUAUUAAUGAAACAAAUCUUGCAAUUUGUUUUCAUUGGUGGACCUAAUUUACUGGGGCAGUCCCUACAAUUCGCCAGAGGUAUCUCCUGCCUCUGUAACUGCUGAGCUAUAUCUUAACAUUUCAACAACCAUUCCAACCAUUUCAAACUGUGAGUGUUAGGAAGUUCCACUUAGAAGCUCCCCUUCAAUGUUUUUGUACAUUCGGGUAAAGUACUAUUUAUUAAUGAUACUGAAAAAUAAGGUGGGCUUUCAAGAUACAGUCUACUUACAUUGUGAAUAGUUUGUCCAAAGACCAGAUCAUCAUAAGCAAAAGCAAGUAUUUUUUGAAUCAGCAAAAUAGCACCAAUCUCAAGAAGUAGAUCUCAGUUGUAUCAGAACAGUGUUUCAAAUGAUACUGUUAACAAGCUGUGUUACAUUUAGUAUUUAUUAUAUUAAGAGAAGAGACAAGAAAAGAAAGAAAUGCAUUGUUUCACAGCUUUCGAAAUUCCAGGUAGUGAUUUUAAGGUUUGAAAAAAAGAACUAAAAUAUAAAUGAUAAAGAGGGGUUGGGGGAAGAAUCACAUAUUUAUUUAAUGAGACUAUAUAUCUGCUAAUUUACUUUUGUUUCAAUCUGUAGGCUCUUUUUUAAAUUUGUGUUUAUUUUUUUUUUUUCAAUCUGUAAGCUCUUAAAGUAUAUCUCAGUCAUGGUUGUGCCUGCUGUUCUAGUUAUCAUUGUCUUUCAUUACUGGCCUCUUUAGUUUGUCCUUGGAAUGUUGGAAAAUUUCCAUAUUAAAUGCCAAACCUUUCUUUUUCUAAUACGCAUUUGUGAUCUGUAACCACAAUAAGAAUAUUUGUAUUUUUCUGGGUUAACUCAGGCUCUGUAGCAUGUAUGCAGAAAGCCAAACUGCAUUUUACUGAACAUCAAUUCAGAAUUUCUUGGUCUUAGUUUAUGUUCAUUGAUUUUGUUUAAGGUUGGGCAUGUGAAACGUGGGAACAGUAGGGCUAAAAUAAUUCAUGUGAACACAGCCUGACUGUCAGAUUGUUCUGCUUCUUUCUUUGGGCUACCUUGUUCCUUCACUGUUAUUUGAUUCUCUGUCUGGUUAACAGGUUUUUACGUCACUUGGUACUAUUUCACAUAUAAAAUUUAGCUAAGUUAAUGCCUUUAUUUGUACUGCUUUGACAGGGAGGUGCAUCUAAAUAUAACUGAUAUCAGGGAUUCAGCGUGGAGUAAAAGUCAGGAAGAACAACAAUAUUCGUUUUUUUUAACAACUUAUAAUUCUGUUGUCAUGAUUACUUAUAUAUGAUAAGUGUAAAUAGAAGGCUAGGAAUUGAGAAAUGUGAUAUUCUUCAAGGUACUUUGAAGUUUUGGUUUAAGAGGCAUUUUUUAUGAAGGGCCCGUAAUAACUAUUCAUUUUCAAGAAGUGAAGAAUCAUCUAGCACUACUUUGUAUAUGGUUCACUUGUACCUUGCUGUUUAUCUUUGAAGAUUUACUUCUGCAAAAUUAUACUAACCCUAGGUCUAAAUUAUUAGGCAAGGUUCUUAUUGACUGUAAUUUUCUUAUCUGUCAAAUGCUAAACUAAUAUUGCCUCUUUUUCAUAAGAUUCUGUGAAAGAUUUUGAACUAUUAAAAUUAUUUCCUAAGGAAUAGUUAUUAUCUUGGGCUUUCCCUACUUCCUUUUUUCACUGUCCAUUAAAAGCCACUUUCUUAGCUACUACUACAAAUAAAAUGUUCUGGUUUGCUUAUAAACCUAGUGUAAUGCAGUUGUUUUCAACCAUUAACCCAAAUGUCCAAAAUGGUUAUGUAGACAACUUUAAAAAGAGGUCAUUGUGAGGGAUAUGAGAGCGUGUGUCCCAUCUUCAGACUCAAGUACUGCACACUGUGAAAAGUAUUAUGACCAAUAUAAUGCUGAAUAUACAAGUUUAAUUAUAUUUUGAUAAUUCAAUUCAUAAAAUGUUUAAUAUCUUAAAUGCCAAAGUCUUUACCUAUAAAUGAUUGUAUACCAUCCUAGAAAAUGUGCUUAAUGAUAAUGACUUUGUUUUCAUGCAUAAAGGUCAGUAAGAAGUUGAAAAAUCAAUAUCCUUUUAAAAUUUUUCCAUCCAUUGUAAUGUAUUUUGGUCAUGAAGAACUAGCUUGGCAUAGUGAAGAAAGAAAUAAAAGAAGUAAAGAUAACUGA